GAGCGUAUAUAAGCUCGUGAAACGUUAGCUGGACCUCACACUAUCGGCAUCAUGGGCAAGGUUCUGCUAUUCACUGGGUUGGCUCUCCUGCUGCAUGCGCAGCUAGGAUCCUCCUAUCUCCUCUCCUGCUACUUCACCAACUGGAGUCAGUACAGGCCUGGAGCAGGUAAGUACUUCCCGACGAAUAUCGACCCGUGUCUGUGUGACCACCUGAUCUAUGCCUUCGCCACCAUGAGCAAUAACCAGAUCAAGAGCUUCGAGUGGGACGACGAAAAGCUAUACGGACAAUUCCAGGCCCUCAAGAACCAGAACGGCAACUUGAAGACUCUGCUGGCCAUUGGAGGAUGGAACAUGGGAACUGCUGCGUUCUCUGCCAUGGUGGCAUCUCCGGCUAACCGCCAGACCUUCAUCACGUCCGUCAUCAAGUUCCUGAGGCAGUACCAGUUCGACGGCCUGGAUCUGGACUGGGAGUACCCCGGAUCCCGCGGCUCCCCCGCUCAGGACAAACACCUCUUCACCGUGCUCGUCCAGGAGCUGCUGACUGCAUUUGAGGCUGAGGGUACGAAGACUAACCGCCCUCGUCUCAUGGUGACCGCUGCCGUGGCCGCCGGAAAGGGAACCAUCGACACCGGAUACGAAAUCCCCGCUCUUGGAAAGACCCUGGACUACUUCCACGUGAUGACCUACGACUUCCACGGCUCCUGGGAGCAUAACACUGGAGAGAACAGCCCUCUGUACAAGGGAUCCAAUGAUCAGGGAGAUCUCAUCUACUUCAACAUGGACUAUGCUAUGAACUACUGGAAGACCCAGGGUGCCCCUGCUGAGAAGCUGCUGGUUGGUUUCGCCACCUACGGCCACACCUUCAAGCUGGCCAGUGCCUCCAACACCGGCGUCGGCGCCCCCGCUGCUGGUACCGGACCCGCUGGACAGUUCACCAGGCAGGCAGGCUUCUGGGCCUACUACGAGAUCUGCACCUUCCUGAAGCAGGGCGCUACCCAGGCCUGGGAUGCCGAGCAGGAAGUCCCCUACGCCUACAACAGCCAGCUCGUCUGGGCCGGAUACGACAACGUCAAGAGCUUCAACAUCAAGAUCGACUGGCUGAAGAAGAACAACUUCGGUGGUGCCAUGGUAUGGAGUUUGGCUCUGGACGACUUCUCUGGAACCUUCUGCGGACAGGGCAAAUACCCCCUCAUCAACACCAUCAAGACCGGCCUGGGAACCGGAACUAGCUGCAAGUCCCCCCCUAACCCCAUCCCCCCCGUGACCCCCACCUCCCGUCCUCAGCCCCCUCCCCAGCCCACCAAGAAAGGAGGUGGCGGUGGUGGCGGCGGCGGUGGUGGCAGCGGAUUCUGCAACGGCAAGGCUAACGGCAUGUACCCCGACCCCAGCAACAAGAGCCACUUCUACCAGUGCAGCGGUGGAAAGACAUACGAUCUUCACUGCGCUGCCGGCCUGGUCUUCGACACCUCCUGCAAUUGCUGCAACUGGGCCUAAAAUAAACAAAACAAACCGCCAGAAGAUCCUGCCGGUAACUCUGCUCUCUCUCUCUCUCUGUCCACUCUCACUCUCGCAGCAACAAGAACACCUUCUACACGUGCGCUGGAGGCCAGACCUACGUGCAGCACUGUGCGGCCGGCCUGGUCUUCGACACCUCCUGCAACUGCUGCAACUGGGCCUAACCACCACCAGGGGGCGCCUGUUGUGAAUAACAUGCAUACAACAAUAAAGAGCAUUUGAGCAGA